GAAAAUCCGAACGGCGGCGGUCGCCGCCAUAUUGCAGAGCUGUCACAGUGCCCGCCGCGCUCCGCGCCCCGGCCCCGCCGAACAGCGCGGGGCGGCCCCGCAGCGCCUCCUGCCCCGCUGUGAGGGGGCGGCGGGGGGGGACACACUGCCCCGCCAGGAGCGGGGAGCGCCGCGCCCCACGCACCCUGCCCGGGGGGCUCGUCCACCCGCUCCGCCCGGCGCCGCGGAGGGAGCGGAGCCCCAGAAGGGGACAAAGAGUUUGUAGAAGAUUUAAGUGGACAGGAGACUACAGAAAACAAGAAAAAUGCCGAAACCAGUCAAUGUCAGAGUAACCACAAUGGAUGCAGAGUUGGAAUUUGCCAUCCAGCCCAAUACAACAGGCAAGCAGCUCUUUGAUCAGGUGGUGAAAACUGUUGGUCUUCGGGAAGUCUGGUUUUUUGGGCUACAGUAUGUGGACAGCAAAGGCUACUCAACUUGGCUGAAGCUAAAUAAAAAGGUAACACAGCAAGAUGUACGAAAAGAAAAUCCUUUGCAGUUCAAGUUCAGGGCCAAGUUUUUUCCAGAGGAUGUAUCUGAAGAAUUAAUUCAGGAAAUAACUCAGAGACUUUUCUUCCUGCAAGUCAAAGAAUCAAUCUUAAAUGAUGAAAUAUAUUGCCCACCAGAAACUGCAGUUCUUCUGGCUUCUUAUGCUGUCCAGUCCAAGUAUGCAGAUUACAGUAAGGAGAUCCAUAAACUGGGCUACCUAGCCAGUGACAGACUUCUCCCCCAGCGGGUGUUAGAACAGCACAAACUGACAAAAGAACAGUGGGAAGAAAGAAUACAGAACUGGCAUGAAGAGCACAGGGGAAUGUUAAGAGAAGAUUCUAUGAUGGAAUACCUUAAGAUAGCACAAGACUUGGAAAUGUAUGGAGUCAACUAUUUUGAAAUAAAGAAUAAAAAAGGAACUGAAUUGUGGCUGGGAGUUGAUGCUUUGGGUCUGAAUAUUUAUGAGCAUGAUGAUAAGCUGACACCCAAGAUUGGUUUUCCUUGGAGCGAAAUAAGAAACAUCUCUUUUAACGACAAAAAAUUUGUCAUAAAGCCAAUUGACAAAAAGGCCCCUGAUUUUGUUUUUUAUGCACCCCGUCUGAGAAUUAACAAGCGAAUUUUGGCACUUUGUAUGGGAAAUCAUGAAUUGUACAUGAGGAGGAGGAAACCUGAUACAAUUGAAGUGCAACAGAUGAAGGCCCAAGCUAGAGAAGAGAAACAUCAGAAACAAUUGGAAAGGGCACAAUUAGAAAAUGAGAAGAAGAAAAGGGAGAUAGCAGAAAAGGAGAAGGAAAGAAUAGAGCGUGAAAAGGAAGAACUAAUGGAACGCUUAAGACAAAUUGAGGAACAAACAAUGAAAGCUCAGAAAGAGCUAGAGGAACAGACUAGAAGAGCUCUAGAACUGGAUCAAGAACGAAAGCGUGCAAAAGAGGAAGCAGAGCGCCUGGAAAAAGAGCGUCGAGCAGCUGAAGUAGCUAAAGCUGCUCUAGCCAAGCAGGCAGCUGAUCAAAUGAAGAACCAAGAGCAGCUAGCAGCAGAAAUUGCUGAAUUCACAGCCAAGAUUGCACUUCUGGAGGAGGCCAAGAAAAAGAAAGAAGAGGAAGCUUCAGAAUGGCAGCACAAAGCUUUUGCAGCCCAAGAGGACUUGGAAAAGACCAAAGAAGAAUUGAAAUCUGUGAUGUCUGCUCCUCCUCCACCCCCUCCCCCACCAGUUAUUCCUCCAACAGAGAAUGAACAUGAUGAACAUGAUGAGAACAAUGCCGAAGCCAGUGCCGAACUGUCGUCUGAUGGUGUUAUGAAUCACAGGAGUGAAGAAGAACGGGUAACAGAAACACAGAAAAACGAACGUGUUAAGAAACAGCUCCAGGCUUUAAGUUCUGAGUUGGCUCAAGCCAGAGAUGAAACCAAGAAAACACAAAAUGAUGUCCUUCAUGCUGAGAAUGUUAAAGCAGGCCGCGAUAAGUACAAGACUCUCCGACAAAUCCGACAAGGCAAUACAAAGCAGCGUAUUGAUGAGUUUGAAGCAAUCAGUAGGCUUUAGGCAGCAGAAGAAACGAGGGCAGAUGGAAAUGCACAUCAAAGGAGAAGGCCUGCUUGGUGUAAAUAUUCCUAAUGCACGUGUGCAUAACAGUUAAUGUUUCCUGUGCUCUGGAUAAGUGGAUCAGGUGAAAAGAGAUCAAGCUCAGAGGUAGGACAAUUGCAUUGCUUUUUCUGCUUGUUUGGGGUUUUUUUGUCUGUUUGUUUACUUUUAAGCUACCGUAUUUACAGAGGAGGAGGCGCCAUUAUCUGAAGGCUGUUAGAAAGCCUGCUGCCCAGAACCAAAAGGUCUUGGAGUUCUUCAGGCCAUGUGCUCCCAGACUGGCUUCUGUAUUAUAACUUGCUAAAUUUCAGCAGAAGACAUUCUCUGCAGUCUGGUAAUUUUGCCUUAGCACGUUUGUGCAUUGACAAGAGCUGUCUGUGUCCAUGCAGUGCUCUGGCUGUCCCACUGCUUGUUCCAGCAACACAAAACCCCUGUGUACCCAUGUGAAACAGUAAUCGCACGACAGGCUCUGUGACCGCAUACGCUGAACUCUGCGGGAUCUUGUGUCCAAUCUACAGCUCCCUAUGGCCUCAGCUUUCACACUUCUUAUUCACCCUUGAUUUCUUCAUUAAACUUGAUACAGUAUUUAACUUCUUAAUCUCUAGCUUCAAUAAGGUUCUACUAAACUGCACUUCCAGUGAAUUGUUGACUACUGUGUCAAAUGUUUUCUUAAAAUACAUUAUACUGAGGAGCUGAAGUUGCCACACUUUACUUUUAUUUAAAUAGCACUUUGAUUAAUUAGUAAUCCCUGUGAAUAUGGUAAUUCCAGUUGUAUUGCCAUAAAGAGAUUAAUUUGCAUUGGGACUGAGGCUCAAAACUUUUCUGCCAAGCGUACGUUGAUCUCCAACAAAAUAAGUUGAGAAAUAACAUCCAGAAUUAACAGACCAACUGAUCCUGCCACCACCUUUAUUUUGGGAACAAAUUAAUUUAGGUGUAGGGAUUUGGGACAGGACCCUUGUUCACACAUCAGAAAAAUUUCUAAAAAUGGUAAGAAAUUUUUGUACUAUUAAUUGGCACUUCUGCUGUUUGUUUCCUGUCUUUAAUAGUUUUUCUUCAGUUAAAUUCAGUUUUUGAAUUCUCGGAUCUCUUCUCUUGUGAACAGUAGUUCGGGCAUCCAUCUUGCUGCUCUGUGCUAAUUGUUGUAUUCCAUAGCAUUUGGAAACACAGCUCUUACUCUUCUUUUGCAUUUAGGAUCUUGGCGUUGUUUUCAACAAAGCCGGUGAACUCAUCUUUAAAUUUAGAGCAAUUACUGCUGCUCCUUGCAAUAAUCUUUGGAUUGAUUUUGGCUACAUGUCUUCUUGUCAGUUCACACAUGGCAUAUGCCACCCUAUAGAAUAAAUAACUGUAUUGACUAGGUAAUAAUUUCUAGUAGCUCUCUGGAAAACAGAAUGUCAGAAAACAACUAUGUUAAUGCAGAAUCUGAAUUACAGUGUUUAUACCUACGAGGUUCAACUUGGAGCCCAGCCCUUCUCAAACACACAAGGGAGCACGUGGAAGAGAAAUUCUGUGCUGUCGCUGUGUAGCUCAUCUGUCUGCCUGGACUAGGCAAGAGAAAGCACUGGAGCAGGAUGGUAAUGCCUGCCCCAACAGCAGAGUUAUCAGGCACAACUGCAUGGUGCUGUGGCUUUGCUUUUCCACACAACAGGUGUGCUGGAUGUAAAAAUACUGGGGAAAAAAACCAACAAAAAACCUCCAUGAAAUAGUUGUUUUUUCCUGUGGAGCCUUAUUUAAGAGAGUUAUGCUUAUAUUCCUGCCUGGCUUUGCAGGUCACCCUGGUAAAAACUCAACUCUAUAGCAUAAGCGCAGAUACCUGAGAGGAGGAGUCGGGUAUCCCAUGGCUCUUCAGCCCAUCUUGUCUUUAAGAAGCUGUUGCAGGUGUGUGUGGGAAAGAUCUUAUACCUGUCUCUGUUCAUUUUAAGACGGGGCCAUGAAAAUAAAAUCUAGAGAACCUUCUUUCUGCCAGUGACUUCUGUAUCCUUUGGGGUGGCCCUUUCGUAUGUGUUUCUCCCACUCUCUGAAGUGGUUCUUCUCACCUCUCUUUUCUGCUUUACUGCUGGGUUUGGCCUUGUCUUUGGUGUUUUGUUUGGUUUUUGCUUGUUUUUUUGCUUGCUUCUUUUUCUUGCUAAUGUGUCAUGCCGUGUAUUUCAUCCAAAGAAUAGAUUUCAGUUUAGAUCACUGAGAUCUUUAAUGCAAUUAAAUAACUUUGUUUCAGUAGGAGAAUGCAAAUUAAGACAAGGAAGGGCAAUAUUAGGUAAUCGUUAGUUUAAAAACAUUGUGGGGGGAGGUUUAAGCCUUAAGUCUUAGCAAAAAAAUAUGUUGCAUUAGCUGACUACUUAAACUACAAGGUGAAAACUAGAGGCAGACAGCUACAUAUGGCAUGGUGGACUUCUCAAACUAAAUUCAUGAUAGAAAAGUAAUUUGGUAAAAUUCACCAGACUUUUUAUUUAUUUGCAUUUACUGGAUUAUUUAGAGAGCACUAAAGAAGAAAAUAUUGUGUACUUCAUUCUUCAGUCAUAUUUCCUUUAAUUGCUUCUGUUGUGGCUUAUUCUACCAAUUUAAAAGUAAAAAUGCUUUUUUUCCUCCCUGCUGAUUUUGUAAAAUUGUGUUUUGCCUAUGACACUGUAACUAGCUUUGCAAUCUGAAGCUUAAUGGAUGAAACUGUUUGCUGAGGGAAAGGUAUUAUGAUUUACUUUGUGUUUAACUGAGCUUGAUAAUUUGUGUGUGCGUGUGUAUAUAUAUAUAUGUAUACACAUACAUACUAAAAAAAUGCAUAUAUAGCAUGGUUAAACUGGAGAAUUCUAAUACAGCAUGUGGCAUCAGUCCUUGUAAUGGCUGUAUUAAAGUGAAAUACACAAGUUGCUACUUAUAUAAACUUUGAUCUUGAAUAGUUUUAGAAAUGAUACUUUUUAAAACUGUGUUUAAAAUAUGAUUUAAUAGAAUAUUACAGCAGGCAGAGAGUGAGUGUAGUUUGGUUUUGUCCUUGAUCUCAAAAUCAGGUCUACUUACCUGCACGUUUGAUUUUAGCUUCCUGUGAAAGCCAGUUGUUUCUGGCGUUCUCUUAGUACCAGGAAACACUUCAUUGGUUUCAGUGGUGCCUUCACAGCCUACGGUUUCACUCACUGGCAGAAACCGAUUUCUUCUCCCCACCCCUGUCCAGGAAUUGCUGUCAGACUUUUAAAGCACCAGAGACUUAACCACACGUCUUAUUUGCUUAUGCUCAAGCUCUGGAAGUUCUCACUGACUUUCUGUGCCAGAAAAUGAUUUGUGUGGGAAACAGGCCGUGCUGUAAAUUUGAUGUAAUGUUCCUACACGUUACAUGUUCUAGCUGUAUUUGUAAAUGUAAAAAAGAGUGCUACUGAAGGCUUCUUACUUUUAAAUAGCUAUUGCCCCUGCUUACUAAUGAAAAAGAGAAUCUGGUAAUUAAGUAUUUUUCCUGACUCCUUUUAAAUAAAAUUCUGGUAUAUUAAUACCUAGAGCUGAAGUGUUUCAUUCUCUAAAACAAUUAGAAUGAGAGGUUCACACUGUAAGAAGGCUGAAUGUAAAAUACUAGUUAUCAUUAUAUUUAAGGAAGUCAUUCUCCAAAAGGAAAGCAAUUUUCAAGCCACUUCAGCAAUGAAUUGUAAAAAUUAACAAUGAAUUGUAGCAAUUCAACAAUGAAUUGUAAAAAUCAACAUGGAAAAUACACAGUUUUGAAAUGUAUCUUCACCGAA